AUGGAGAUCUUUCUGAUGUGUAGCAAUGUUAUCCCUUUUGCAGCUUGUGUUGGUUGUGCUAAUGACACAAGAAGCACUCCAAAAAAACACAAAAAACCUCAUGAAUGCUCAGAGUGUGGGAAAUCCUUUGCUCGCAGGUCCCUCCUUUUGACCCACAGGAAGGUCCAUGUGGGAAGUGGAUCCAGUCAAGGUUUGGAGGGCGAGAAAUCCUUCUCUGGAAAAGACACCAAAGAGAGAAUCCACACAGGGGAGAAACCUUACAAGUGUUGGGAAUGUGGGAAGAGCUUUUCUCAGAGCUCAAAUCUUUGGGCCCAUGAGAAGAUCCAUGCAGGAAUAAAAUCUUACAAGUGCUUUGAGUGUGGAAAAUGUUUCACCCAGAGUUCAGGUCUUUGUUCCCAUGAGAAGAUCCAUGCAGGAAUAAAAUCAUACAAGUGCUUUGAGUGUGGAAAAUGUUUCACCCAGAGUUCAGGUCUUCGGCGUCAUUGGAAAACACACACAGGGGAGAAAAAUGAAAAAUGCCUCGAAUGCGGGAAAUAUUUUAGCAGUAAGUCGUGCCUGAUCCGACAUCAGAGAAUUCACACUGGAGAGAAACCCUACGAAUGUCCAGAAUGUGGGAAAAGAUUUGUGCGUUCUUCUGUUGUUCGGAAACAUCAGACGAGACACAAAGGAGAAAAACCCUAUAAGUGUAGAAAGUGUGGGAAAGGCUUUCUUGCACAAAGUGAUGUUGAGAGGCAUGAGAGAAACCACACACGGGAGAAGCUCUUCAAAUGUGGGGAGUGUGGGAAAAGUUUCAUUUACCUAGCCGAAGUUCAGAUUCAUCAGAGAAGCCACACUGGGGAGAAACCCUUCAAAUGUGGGGAGUGUGGGAAAUGCUUUUCCCAAAAACAACACCUUGGAACCCAUCAGAGGGUCCACACAGGAGAGAAGCCCUACAGAUGCCUAGAAUGUGGAAAAUCUUUUGCUUAUAAGCAAGUACUUUGGAGACACCGUAAAACCCACACAGGGGAGAAGCCAUAUCAGUGCAGUGAAUGUGGAAGAUUUUAUCGUACUUCAUCAGACCUUAGAAGUCAUGUGAAAAUUCACAUGGAGGAAAACAAAUGUUUGGACUGUGGGAAAGCAUUUGCUAAUUCAUCUUCCCUUAGAAUACACAGCCAAAUCCAUACAGGAGAGAAGCCCCAUAAAUGCUCAGAGUGCAAUAAAUGUUUUUCUCAGAAAAGUAAUCUUUCGAAGCAUCAGCGAAUCCACACCAGGAAAAAAAACACAUGACUGGAGUGUGGGAAAUGUUUUGCCCAACCUCCAGAACUUUGCAUGCACUCCCCAAAUCACACCAGAGAUUGGCCUUACAAGUGUGCAGAGCAUGAGGGACAUUUUCAUUGUAAAUCACAGCUAAAAAUGCCUCAGAAAGUCCUUAUCUUUCACCAGGAACAUCAGAUAGUCACAGAAGGGAAAUCCUACAAUUGUUUGGUGCGAAGAAUGCACUUUUCCUAGCCAAACUACCUCAAACCCCAUCAGAGAGUACACAAUGAGGCAAAAGGGCACAAGGAGUGUGAGGAUCUUUUGCUCACACAGCCACAUUAGUAACUCACGAGAAUGAUUAUACAAAAGAGUAGAUAUGGGGAGUAGAUGUGUUUUUCAGGCUGCAGGUUUUAUAUGUCCAUAACUGCCAAUGGACAUCGUUACAGUCAUUAAGUCAAGGCACCCGGGUAUUUUUUGUUAAUUCUUACUAGCCCUUUGUUGAUCAAAAAGGAGAACGGAAGCUUUAGAGAGGAGAAAAUGGGGUGAGGGAUGGAAUGAAGAUGCACCUGGUUGUUUUAAUU